AUGUCUCGUAGCUACAUGCCUGGAUGGGAUUGUCACGGACUGCCUAUUGAGAACAAGGUCCUACAGCAGUUGGGAAAACGUCCGACCGAUUUGACGCCUUCUGUUAUACGCGAGAAAGCCGAAGCGUUUGCAAGACAGGAAAUAUGUGUUCAGCAGGACCAAUUUCGUCAGUUCGGCAUCAUGGCUGAUUGGCGGCCUGAAUCAACCUAUCGAUCUCUUGACCAUGACUACGAGACGCGACAAUUGCGAAUCUUCCAGAGAAUGGUCGAGAAAGGGCUCAUUUACAGGCACUAUCGCCCCGUCUACUUUUCCCCGUCAUCAUGCUCGGCGCUUGCUGAAGCGGAGUUAACGUACAACGACAAUCACGUCUCUCAUUCAGUAUACAUCGCGUUUAAACUUGAGCUAGACAGCCCGCAGAUGAGCCCAAUGCUGCGCGCCCUAAUCACUCAUCGAAGUAGUGUGCGGCUGCUGGUAUGGACAACUACCCCAUGGACUCUGACUGCCAACAUGGCUAUUGCCGUCAAUCCCGAGAUGAUAUAUAAAGCUGUGGCUUCCAGUGAUGACCCGACUGCUCCUCUGGACAUAUUUGCGGUCGAACGCGAGUGCUCCCUCAUAGAGCACCCGGAGGUGUUGGGUUCCCAUGUGCCCGUUGCGGAGAUUCGAGGCUCUGAAUUGGUCGGUGGUACAUAUCAACCUUUGUUUUCGUCUCUUAAGGAUAGUCCUGCACCGUCAUCACUGCCCAUCAUACCUUCUUCACAUGUCACACCCGACUCUGGUACUGGUCUUGUGCACUGUGCGCCAGCCCACGGUGCGGAAGACUAUCUUGUCUUCCGUGCGCUUGACAUGCUAUCACCGUCUUCCUCCACCGGAAGUUUGCUUUGCCACGUAGAUCAUCUGGGACAAUUCACCGAUGAUGUAGCUGAUGUCGUCGGUGUUGAAGCUGCAACCUCGCUAAUCGGUAAAGAAGUACUAAGUGAAGGCAGCAAAGCCAUCGUCGAGCUUAUAGAUGCGACUGGCGCUCUGCGCAAGAUUCACAGGAUACGACAUCGAUAUCCGUAUGACUGGCGGACAGACAAGCCUGUCAUUACUAUUGCAACAUCACAGUGGUUUGCAAACAUUGACCAGAUCAAGGGUAAUGCAGUCUUGUCCCUGCAGGAUGUUCAAUUUGUCCCACCUCAGUCACGCAACAGGCUUGAAUCGUAUGUCCAGAGUCGUUCCGAAUGGUGCAUCUCUAGGCAGCGUGUUUGGGGAGUGCCCAUUCCUGCUCUGCAUCACAUUCCCUCAGGGCGUGCGGUACUGGAUUCGGAUAGCUUGACGCAUAUCCUAGGUGUAUUACAGGAAAAAGGCACUCAGUAUUGGUGGAGUGGGCCCGUCGAAGAGUUCAUACCCCCUGCAAUGCAGAAUGGCAUGGAUGUCAAGCAACUUACAGAGACGUGGCGCAAGAGUACGGAUACGAUGGACGUCUGGUUUGAUAGUGGCACGUCGUGGUCAAUGCUGGAUAGUCUGUAUCCACUGGAUGGCACCACUGGCAGCAACGGACGCCAGUUCGGCUCCGACGUGUCUUUGGAAGGGACAGACCAACAUCGUGGGUGGUUCCAGAGCCAGCUACUUACGGCAAUUGGGACUGCUGAUGCUACUGGUCGCGAGACCAUGGCACCAUACGGCACUCUUAUCACCCACGGCAUGGUGCUCGACGAGUCUGGACGAAAGAUGAGUAAAUCCCUCGGGAAUGUAGUGGAUCCCAUGACGAUCAUUCAUGGAGGCAAGGACCUCAAGAAAGAGCCCGCUUACGGCACCGAAGUUCUCCGGCUCUGGGUUGCUACCGUUGAAUUCACGAAAGACAUGCAUAUUGGUCCAACACUUCUCGCCCAGUGCGCCGAGACGCUCAGGAAGAUUCGAAAUUCUGCUCGCUUCAUCUUAGGUGUACUCGAAGACCAGCCGUUGGCCGAUCGAAUUGAACGCAAGAGCCUUGGACUGGCACUGGUGAAUGCUCUGUCUAACUUCGCGAACAUCACACUCUCCGCAUUAUACCUCGAUAUUCAAAAGGACUGUCUCUACGCGAACGCUAGGAGUGACCUUGAAAGACGCGCUACUCUCACUGUCUUAGAGCAAGCUCUCAUUACUAUGACCUCGGUCAUGACGCCAAUAUUGCCCUACCUUUCUAUGGAGAUUCAUGAUGCGUUACGUGCUAGUCCUCUUAGUCACAAAUGGAAACCUCUGAGCUCGGAAUGGGAAGAUGACAAUGCCGAACGCGACAUGAAUGAGCUGCUUCGCAUCCGCAACAAAGUACUGUCUACCUUGGAGAAAGCCCGUCGAGACAAAAAUCUGAAGAGUUCCUUGGAGGCUGACGCAGUACUAACAUUGCCACCUGGAUCCAGUCAUGCUCUCGACGUAUUACGACGUGAAGAGCCUUUCCUGAAGACCCUAUUCAUUGUAUCUGGUGUUAAAGUGUCGGAUGGUACAUCGAUCCUCGCCCCAGCGCCAAGUUGGCAAUACCAAGAAGUAUUACCUGUAGAUGGGCUGAUACAUCCAAUCCAUAUCCUUAUUCAGCCUGCAGCUGGAGAGGCUAUAGCAGCUGUGCUUCGUUUUGCUUACGCUCUGCCUGUGUUCCGAAUCCCGGAUUCUUGCAAAUAUUUCUGGGCUGCAUGCUGGGGCUCUACCAUGCUGGAAGAAGAUUAG